ACGUCGGAAGGGAGAAGGGCGGACAGCCCCUUGCCAGCGGUCACAUGACGGGGAAGAUGGCCGCGUUCCCGUGGCACUCCCGGAACCGGAACUACAAGGCAGAAUUGGCAUCCUGCCGUCUGGAGGCCGUGCAGAUAGAGUGUGGUGACUACCACCCGCUGAAGCCCAUCAUGGUCACAGAGUCCAAAACAAAGAAAGUGAGCCGGAAAGGAAGCACGUCAUCCACAUCCUCCUCUUCCUCCAGCUCCAUGGCGGACCCGCUGAGCAGCGUCCUCGAUGGCACAGACCCUCUCUCCAUGUUCGCAGCCACUGUGGACCCCACAUCUGUGGCAGCGGCCACGGACAGCUCCAGGAAGAAGCGAGACCAAGAUGACAGCUCUGUGGUGGGAUUGGAUUUUGAGCCCUGGGCCAGCAAGCGGGGGGAAAUCCUGGCCCGGUACACCACUACUGAGAGGCUCUCCAUUAACCUGUUUAUGGGAUCUGAGAAAGGCAGAGCGGGGAUGGCAGCGUCCGCCAUGUCAGAGAAAGUACGCACGCGGCUAGAGGAGCUGGAUGACUUUGAGGAGGGGUCCCAGAAGGAGCUGCUGAACCUGACCCAGCAGGACUACGUGAACCGCAUAGAGGAGCUCAACCAGUCGUUGAAGGAUGCCUGGGCCUCGGACCAGAAAGUGAAGGCUCUGAAAAUAGUCAUUCAGUGUUCCAAGCUCCUCUCAGACACGAGCGUGAUUCAGUUCUACCCCAGCAAGUUCGUCCUCAUCACCGACAUACUCGACACGUUCGGAAAGCUGGUGUAUGAGCGCAUCUUUUCCAUGUGCAUGGACAGCCGCAGCACCCUGCCAGAACACUUUUCCCCAGAGAACGUAAAUGACACAGCCAAGGAAACGUGCCUGAAUUGGUUUUUCAAGAUUGCUUCAAUCAGGGAACUCAUUCCACGAUUUUAUGUGGAAACGUCCAUCCUGAAGUGUAACAGAUUCCUUUCUAAAACUGGGAUUUCCGAAUGCCUGCCGCGGCUCUCCUGCGUCAUCAGAGGGAUUGGAGACCCGCUGGUGUCUGUGUACGCCCGGGCCUACCUGUGCCGGGUGGGCAUGGAGGUGGCCCCGCACCUCAAGGAGAGCCUCAACAAGAACUUCUUUGACUUCCUGCUUACCUUUAAACAGAUCCAUGGAGACUCAGUCCAGAACCAGUUGGUGCUUCAGGGAGUAGAGCUCCCGUGCUACCUCCCGCUGUACUCGCCUGCCAUGGAUUGGAUCUUCCAGUGCGUCUCUUACCGUGCCCCAGAGGCUCUGCUGACUGAGAUGAUGGAGAGAUGUAAGAAGUUAGGAAAUAAUGCCUUGCUGCUGAACUCUGUGAUGUCAGCCUUCCGUGCUGAGUUCAUCGCCGCCAGGUCUAUGGACUUCAUUGGCAUGAUUAAGGAGUGCGACGAGUCAGGUUUUCCCAAGCAUCUCCUUUUUCGCUCGUUGGGGUUAAACUUGGCCUCAGCUGAUCCGCCUGAGAGUGAUCGACUCCAGAUUCUCAAUGAAGCCUGGAAGGUCAUUACUAAGUUGAAGAAUCCGCAGGACUAUAUUAACUGUGCUGAAGUGUGGGUGGAAUACACUUGCAAGCAUUUCACGAAACGCGAGGUGAACACGGUGUUGGCUGAUGUCAUCAAGCACAUGACCCCGGACCGAGCAUUUGAGGACUCCUACCCCCAGCUUCAGUCAAUAAUCAAGAAAGUUAUCACCCACUUCCAUGACUUCUCAAUUCUGUUCUCCGUGGAAAAAUUUCUGCCAUUUCUGGACAUGUUCCAGAAGGAGAGUGUGCGGGUCGAAGUCUGCAAGUCCAUCAUGGAAGCCUUUAUCAAGCAUCAGCAGGAGCCCACCAAGGACCCCGUCAUCCUGAACGCCCUUUUGCACAUUUGCAAGACCAUGCACGACUCUGUGAAUGCGCUUACUCUUGAAGACGAGAAAAGAACACUGGCCCAUCUGAUUAAUGGAUUUAUAAAAAUGGUUUCCUUUGGCCGUGAUUUUGAACAGCAGCUAAGUUUCUACGUCGAGUGCAGGUCGAUGUUUUGUAAUCUGGAGCCUGUUCUUGUACACUUGAUCCACAGUGUGAACCGCUUGGCAAUGGAAACAAGGAAAGUAAUGAAGGGAAAUCAUUCCAGAAAGACGGCUGCCUUUGUCCGGGCCUGCGUUGCCUACUGCUUCAUCACCAUCCCCUCCCUGGGCGGCAUCUUCACACGCCUCAACCUCUACCUGCAUUCGGGUCAGGUCGCCCUGGCCAACCAGUGCCUCUCCCAAGCUGAUGCUUUCUUCAAAGCCGCCAUCAGCCUCGUGCCAGAAGUUCCCAAGAUGAUCAACAUCGAUGGGAAGAUGCGGCCUUCCGAAGCCUUCCUUCUGGAAUUCCUCUGCAAUUUCUUCUCCACGCUGCUGAUUGUGCCGGAUCAUCCAGAACAUGGGGUCCUGUUUCUUGUUCGGGAGCUUCUCAACGUGAUCCAGGACUACACGUGGGAAGACACGAGCGAUGACAGGAUCCGCAUCUACACCAGUGUCCUCCACCUGCUGUCAGCCAUGAGCCAGGAGACCUACCUGUACCACAUCGACAGAGUGGACUCCAACGACAGCCUCUAUGGGGGAGACUCCAAGUUCCUGGCUGAGAACAACAAACUGUGUGAGGUGGUGAUGGCCCAGAUCCUGGAGCACUUGAAGACCCUGGCCAAGGAUGAGGCCCUGAAGCGCCAGAGCCUGCUGGGCCUCUCCUUCUUCAACAGCAUCCUGGCCCACGGGGACCUGCGCAACAACAAGCUGAACCAGCUGUCUGUCAACCUGUGGCACCUGGCACAGCGGCAUGGCUGUGCUGACAGCAGGACCAUGGUGAAAACUCUGGAAUACAUCAAGAAGCGAAGCAAACAGCCAGACAUGAAUCAUCUGACGGAGCUGGCCCUGCGACUCCCCCUGCAGACGAGGACCUGAGCCCAUGGGGCUCGAGGUUUUCUGAUUUGUUCUUUUGUACAUAUAUAUGGACGAAUGGUUUGGGCUCUGCCCAGGCUUUCUCCCAGCAAAGAGGGAAUCAGCAAAGUAUUAAAUCGCGUUCUCCAAGGA